CUCGCUGAACACACAUGAGAGCGCGCAAGGACCCAGGUUCAAGCCCCAGUCCCCACCUGCAGGGGGAAGCUUCGAGAGCGAUGAAGCCGGGCUGCAGGUGUCUCUGUCUCUCCCUCUCUGUCUCCCUGAUACGUAAGUACACAUUGAAAACAUACACAGAAGAUGAUCACAUCACUACAGAAAGGUUCAAGGUAGGCAAGUUCCCCGAGAAGAGAAGGCAGCUGUCCCCACCCGGCAGAAGGCCAGGGGGUGGGUGGCCCUGGGUCCUUAGUCUGAGCGUGACUGACAGCACCCGUGCCUCCACCUGUGUGCCUGAGGGGUUCGAGAGUCUCCCACCAGACGAGCCCCUGGGCAUGUGGCCAUGUGUGGGUUGGCAAGCAGAUGGGGAGUCCGGUGGCCGCGGAGGGCACCCUCAGCUUCCUAAUGGCCGGCAGAGAGGGCCAGGCGGGCAGUGCCAGAUUCUCACACUGAGCACACGCCGGCCUGCAUCAGGCGCUGGGCACAACGGGCAGACCCCUAAGGCGGGCCAGGAGGGCUCCCCACAGACGCCAGGCCAGGAGGGCUCCCCACAGACGCCCGGCCAGGAGGGCUCCCCACAGCUGCCAGGCCAGGAGGGCUCCCCACAGACGCCAGGCCAGGAGGGCUCCCCACAGACGCCCGGCCAGGAGGGCUCCCCACAGACGCCCGGCCAGGAGGGCUCCCCACAGCUGCCCGGCCAGGAGGGCUCCCCACAGCUGCCCGGCCAGGAGGGCUCCCCACAGCUGCCAGCCCAGGAGGGCUCCCCACAGACGCCAGGCCAGGAGGGCUCCCCACAGCUGCCAGCCCAGGAGGGCUCCCCACAGACGCCAGGCCAGGAGGGCUCCCCACGGCUGCCAGGCCAGGAGGGCUCCCCACGGCUGCCCGGCAUCAGAUCUGUUUCGGGGCCACUUCUCUGCAGCCCUCACCUGACCAGUGACGGGCCUGCCUUGCGGCGCGGUGUCCUUUGCCGUGGUUUGUGGCCGGCGGGAGAGUGCAGCCCGGCUCAGGCUUUGCCUGUGGGUGGAAAGGGGACCCUGGGUGACAGGAUCUGCGCCGUCUGCGUGGCCACGGGGUCACGACAACAAGGAGACUUGAGGCAAAAGCAGGUUAACCUGAGGCGGCCGGUCCGAGCGCACUGCAGUCUGUCCUGCCGUGCCCACCGGCUCCCGCUAAAACACCUGACUGAUCGGACGCGAUGA